AUGGCAGAGAAUCAAGCAGCGAGCCAUGUGCUUGCCAACAUGGCAACAGUAUCAGCUCCUUCUGAGUUUAAUUUCUCCCUUCCAGGAUCAUGGAAUCAGUGGAAAAAGAGGUUACAAAGAUAUAUGUCGGUUAGUGGUUUUAUAAACAAACCAGAAGCUGAAAAAAAUGAUAUGUUACUGUAUCUAAUGGGGGCAGAAGCAGAGGAAAUUAUAACUCAAUUUAAUCUAACACCCUCACAGCAAGUAUAUAGUAUUAUUAUCGAGAAGUUUGACGCUCAUUUUAUACCCCAAAAGAACGUAAUAUUUGAACGAUUCAAGUUCAACACACGUAGUCAACAGCCAGGGGAGUCAGUGGAUGCAUAUAUCACUGCACUCCAUAGCCUGGCAGAGCAUUGUAGUUAUGGGGCUCUAAAAGAUGAGUUAAUAAGAGACCGCAUAGUAGUAGGAGUUUUAGAUGUAAAAGUAAGUGAGAGGUUACAACUCCAAAAGAACCUAACAUUAGGGGAAGCUGUAUUAACAGUACGUCAAGCCGAGCUGCAGAAUUCUCAAAACAGGAUUCUUAGGCAAGAACGAGUACAAGAAGUAGCUACGGUCAAUGCACACAGAGGUAACUACUGGUCACAAUCACAAGCAGAACCAAAUAAAUAUGGACAACAGAACACACAGGGGAAAUCCAACAAAAACUACAAAUGUACAUACUGUAGUGUACCAAGCUGCAACAGCCGAGAAAGAUGUCCAGCAAAAGAUAGUCGUUGUCGAUUAUGUGGAAAGAAAGGACAUUGGCAAGCUAGAUGUAGAUCCGGCAGGAAUGUAAGAGUAGUUGAAGGUCAAAACUGUGCUGAAAGUGAGGUAGGAAUAGAAAAUGAAAUGGAAAACUUACAGGUAAAUAACUUUGAUUUUCAUCUAGGACACAUUUACACUAAUGAUAAAGAUCAGUGGUUUGCAAAAGUUUUAGUUGACAAUAAAUAUGUUAUGCCUUUUCUUGUUGAUACAGUGCUGAUGUAA